UCCCGUCUCUGUGGCAGGGAUCAUGGAGCUCGGGUUCACGGAGGAGCAGUUUCAGGAGGCCUGGAGGGAGCUGGAUGAGCGGGCGCUGCCCGCCGGGUGGGAGCUGUUCACGGAGAGCAUGGGCAUUCAGAUAUACCGGCUGUACGACCAGAAAACGGGCCUCUAUGAAUAUAAAAUCUACGGUGGUCUGGCCGAUUGUCCAGCAGAGCUUUGCGCCGAUGUGUACAUGGAUUUGGAUUACAGAAAGAAAUGGGACCAGUAUGUAAAAGCUCUAUACGAAGACCAGAAUGGAGAAGACAAAGUGAUAUACUGGGAAGUGAAAUAUCCAUUCCCUCUGUCUAACCGGGAUUAUGUGUAUGUUCGAGAUCGGAGGGAUUUGGACAUAGAUGAGAGAAAAAUCUUUGUAAUUUUGGCUAAGAGUGCAUCAGUUCCACAAUAUCCAGAGAAGUCAGGAAUUAUCAGGGUCAAUGGCUACAAACAGAGCUUGGCAAUAGAGAGUGACGGCAGCAAUGGCUGUAAAAUCUUUAUGUACUACUUCGAUAAUCCAGGUGGCAUGAUCCCUUCAUGGCUUAUUAAUUGGGCAGCCAAGAGUGGCGUUCCAAAUUUCUUAAAGGACAUUCAGAAGGCGUGUAAAGGAUAUACAGCAAAAGACUCUUCAAAGUAGACAAAACAAGUGCAAUCUUUUAAAGGAAUUUUCUAUGCUUUUUGUUAGGAAAAAUUACAGCUUACAAUGCUGUAGAAUAACAAAAGGAUCAUUACUCACCUUACUACUCUACUCCCCUGCUGCUUCUAUGCUUAUACUUCUCCAGACCCUCUUCUUCCUUUUCCCAUGAUGACACGUCAGCACAUGAGACCACAGCAGCCAGUCACUUGCCGCAGCAGUGACCUCAGUGGUACUGACUUGUCCUCGCUACAGCCAGUGAUAGGCUGUAGUGGUCACAUGUUGUGUCCACAUAGCAAAGGAACAGGAAGACCGCUGCAGGGAAGUGGUAAGGAAUAACUUUUUUUCUCUAUUUACAGCUUUGUAAAAAUAAUUGUAAGGUUGGAUAGCCCCUUCAAUGUGAUGUCGGAUAACAAAUAAACUGAACUUUAAUUGAUAAUAUGUAAUUUUAAAUAAUAAUUGCAUUAUCGAAUGGUCUCUUUCUAUCUCUCUGUAUUGAGAACUGCUGAAUGAAAAGAAAUGGCAAUAUUCAGUCAGCUAGCUUGAUUAUUACAUUAAUUAAAAGGUCACUAACCUUGUCUAAAUCAGUUGUACAGGUAAGUAUAAGAAACUUUGUAAUAUAUCUAAUCAUAGAAAAAUGCAAAAAAAAUAAAAAAUGGGCAAACUAACAUUCUUUGUUUUAAGAAACAGAGACAUACUGCCAUCUCACUAAUGGAUCAGAUUACAUUCUGCUCUGUGAAGAGGGGAGGCUGAGUGCACUGACAUUCUGCCUCUAUCUCUUAAAACAAAGAAUCUUAUCUUAGCUUUGUGGGAUCUAACCUGAUAAGUGGAGAAAAAAGCAUUUUUCUCUGAUAACACUUAUUACAAAAUUCUUAAAUUCACCUAUAGCAGUGAUUUAUGCAAAAUUGUAUGGAAAGUGACCAUUUACUGUAAGUUUAUAAGCCUGAGGUAAUAAUGUUGGUAAUGUUAUUUAUAACUAGUAGUAGUGAAUUUUCAAUUUCCUAAAUCUGAAAUACUUGAUUUUUAAAAUCAUAGAAUUAUAUAUAAUAAUAAAAUAAAAAAAACUUACAUCUCCAGGCAGUACAAUGUUUCUUCUUCUGCUAACAAAAAAUGAAAUUAAAUUUUAUGACACAUUUGCCAGGUUUGUAUUUUUUAAAGUAUGAUAUAUUAUAAUAUUUUGCUGAGAAAAUAGAAGAAAGGGUAUUUGCUGUAUGGGGCUGCUUGUGUUUUUGCUAAGCAGUAUUUCUCCGUUUUCCUAAGCAAAGUAACCCCUAUAGAUUAAAUGGGUUAUCCAACCCCUAUAAUGACCCCCAUCAGCUAAUGCCCAGGCCCCUCAUAUAGGUUAUACUUGCCCCACUCUCUCUGCACCCCUGUUGCUCGCACAGACACGCUGCAUCUCCCCGCUAUGCGGAUCAAAACAUCCAGCGAAGGGGGGGGGGGCAGCCAAUAGCAGGCCGCAACGGGGACGGGUAAUGCUAGGGAGAUGCAGCAGCGGCCAUGCGGGCAUCUGGAGUGUCGCGGGUGCAGGUGAGCGGGGUAUAUAUCACCUAUAUGAGAGGCCCAGGCAUUAGGGGGGUCAUUAUAGUGGUUGGAUAACCCCUUUUAACAUACUGUAUAGCAUAAAAGCUAAAAAUCUCUAUCUGCAGCAUACCCCUUUGUGUAAACAGCCUUCUAUCGGUCAUUUGCAAUGGAAACAUAUAUGAGAAGAGGAAUAUCAAAAAUUUUAUGUAGGAAAAACAGGCCUGCAUAAGUAAAUGAAGACCGAUCGACUUGCUGUAUUGUUCAUCAAUGGGCUCUAACUGUUAAAGACAUGACAAGUAGCCCUCAGAGCACACAUACUACAGGGCAAGAACCUAGAUUUAUAGUAUGAGAUAAUAGGGACCUAAAGUAUUAUAUAAAUCUUCUAGACCAUCAAUAUCUGAUCGUUGGGGUCCAACACCCCAUACCUCCACCGAUCAGCUCUGGUUGCUUGAACUUGAACUGGUUGCUGCAGUGCCGCUCCCCUUAAAGCCUAUCAACAUCUUCAGAGGCAUUUUCAACUGUCUUUAUUAAAAAUGUUCAAUAGUUUCUGUUCUACAGCCUUCAUUUUCAUUGUAUCUGCAGAUUGUCUUGCAUUUUUCUUUAUAGAGAACCCAUCAGGCAGCUGCUGUGAAGGCUAGAUGUGAAGCCCUUAUCUCUGAACUCCUGACAGGUCAUAAAACAAGCCAUAUUCACAUUAGUUUGAUAAGAAUUUGGCUAUGAUGAGUGUUUAUGAGCUGGCAGUGGUUUAGAGAUAAAGGCUUGACAUUCAGCCAUCAGAGCAGUUGACUGACUGAUUCUCUAAAAUACAGAAAGCCUUCUAGUCUGUAGAUACAAUGAAAGUGAAGAUUGUACAACAGAAGCUGUUGAACAUUUUAAUAAAGACCAAUUGCAAAAAUGAUUAUUAGUCCAAAAUACGAUGCUAAAAAAAUACAUCUGAAGCCUUUAAAAAGAAUGGGAGCAGUGCUGCAGUGGCCAGCUCCGUCCACUACCCAGCGGUAGUAGCUGAUCUUGGACCCCCGCACUCUGCACUAGAGUGACCAACUUGUGUUUACAACUAUGCAUUUACUAGUUGGGACACCAAAAUGUGUUUUUUACAGCUUUUACCAAGUUUUACAUUCUUUAAAGCAGAUAUGUUAGCUUAAUAUGCCGCCCAAUGUAAGGCAGCAUAUCUACUAUGUAACAGCCAAAAUAACACACAAAAAUUGUAUUGUGCUGAAACAAUACAGCUGAUUCAUAGUUAAAGGGCUUGUCUCAUCUCAACAUUUAUAACAUAUCUCUAGGGCAUACAUGUCAAAUAAGUGUGGGCCCCACCUUUGGAAUCUGGUCCUAUCUCCAGAAGAGAAGACGGACACACCGCGUGAGCACCACCCUGUUGGUAGUCCCAUAGAGGUGAAUGGAAAGCAAUCAAUUCAAGCCCAGCCACCUCUUUAAUCAGUGCUCUGAAACUGCUGGAGCACUGGUUCUGCUAUUUUUGGAACUCACAUAGCAGGGAAUGGAGGAUAGUGGUUGGUGUAAGAAAUUAUUAUAUAUAAAUAUAAUAUAUAUAUAUAUAUAUAUAUGUAUCUACCCUCUUAAUGGGUUUGAUUCGAAGGUUGGAUGCAAAAAAUGUGAUACAAGAAUGAGCGUAAAAAAGAAAAAGUACUGUAUUUUUUACUCCAUAACAUGCAUUUUUCCCCAAGAGUGCAUCUUAUGAAGCGAAUACGUUGUGCAACGUCGGGUCACAGUGCAGCGCUACAAGAAGCGUUCUGAUGAAGAUUGGUGGUCUGAUUUGGGGAGUCUGAUCUGUUGUCUGAUGUAGAUUGAGGGUCUGAUCUGAUGUCUGGUGAGGAUUAGGGGUCUGAUCUGACAUUUUAUGAUGAUUGGCGGGUCUGAUCUGAGGUCUGAUGAGGAUUGGGGGUCUGCUCUGAGGUCUAAGGAUGAUUAGGGAUCCUGGUUUAUGCAAUAUGCCAUAAGUGUUGUGAUAGGACAACCCCUCUAAGGUAUGAGUCCAAUAUAUUAAUGUGGAAAGCACGCCACCAACCUCACAGCAGCCUCUUAGACACUGCAGAGAGGGUUUGGGGGAGGCAGAGAGAGGUGGGAGGAGUGUUCUUCACAUGAAUAUACUGGACUCAUACCCAUGAGUCCACUGUAUUCUUUCAGCACUCUUAGUAGCCAAUUGGCACAAUUUGUUUUCUGUUGUUUUGGCUACUAGGGGUUGGGACUGGUGGCUCUAAUAUACCGCCCUUACAUAGGGCAGCAUAUUAAGCUGACCUAUCUGGUUUAAACUACCUCCAUACUUCCUAAAAAAAACGCACAGCAGCAUGGAAUACAUGUAUUACUUUACCAUACAAGGGUAGCUCUCAUGACGUUUCUCAAAAAUCACUAUUGUAAUAUACGAUUUUGCAUUUUAUUUUUCCAAGUUUGUAAAAUGAAAAUUCUGAAUUGUACGGAAUAAUUGAAAAUGUACAUUUAUUUUAUUAAUGUGUCCUGUCUGUUUUUACACACGUUCUGUCUCAUGAUAACACAGGUUGAAAAACGUUCAACAAUUUCAACAUGUCCUACAGGGUUGCUAUGUCUUUUAUGUCAUUUUUAAUUUAAGUCACUUUUUAUCAUUUUGCUGGUGAUUUUUAAAAUGUAACAAAACAUUAUGAAUGUAGGUAUACAAAAUUAUUUGUCCUUUCUAAUGAAACUUGCAUUAUCUGGAAAAUGAAAUUGAUAUAAGAA